AUGACGGAAGUGACGGCGACUUGGCGAUGGCCGCCCCGCAGGCGCAAGAACGGCUGUUGGGAAGCCGAUUGGCGGCGGCGGCGGCCGGGCUCUUGCCAGUCUGAGCUGCGUUUCCUGGCUCCCGAUUCCCGGUUCUCUGAACCUUUAUAUUUAAAGAACACAGAAAUGAAAAGAAAGGUAGUGAAUGCUGGCAAGAUGAGAUUGAGUCCUAAUGAGGAAGCCUUCAUUUUAAAAGAAGAUUUUGAGAGAAGACGAAAACUAAGAUUGCUACAGGUUCGAGAACAAGAAAGAGAUAUCGCUUUACAGAUAAGGGAAGAUAUAAAACAGAGGAGAAAUCAGCAAUUUACGCGUUUGGCAGAGGCACUAAGGGCAGAAUGGGAAGAAUCACAAACUCAGAAAAUAAACAACCUGGAAAAAUUGUAUUUGGCUAGUUUAAGAAAUAUGGGAGAGGGACACCAACAAGCCAAAGAAAAUGAACCUGAUUUGAAUGCUCUGGCACAGAGGGCAGCUGAAAGAAAAAGAAAAGCAGAAGUGAGGCAUAAAGAGGCCUUAAAAAUACAGAAAAAUCAAAAAGAAAUGUUAAUGAAACAAAAAACCUGGCACAUAAAAGCUCGAAAGGAAGCUCUGCUUGUGGAAAAAGAGAGAUCUGCCAAAAUUACAAGUCUGCCACCUCCUCCUCCAACUCUUUUUGAGAACAUUGAAAUAAAGAGAAUUUCUAAUGUGAAAACUAGUAGUUCUACCUACCAUCAUCUUUCCACUUUUGUGAAUAGAGAGAUAGACACAAAACAGCCAGAUCCUCAUUUGGCUGCUGAAGAAGAAGCUAAAAGACUGGAAGAAGUACAAAAACAAGCAGCGAAGGAGAGAAUGGAACAAAGUGAAAAGGCACAUGUACGGGGUUUCCAGGCAAUGAAAAAGAUCCAUUUGGCUCAAAACCAAGAGAAACUAAUGAAAGAACUCAAACAGCUACAACAAGAGGACCUGGCACGUCGGAGACGGACUGUCGCACAGAUGCCCCCACAGCUAGUUGAACUUCCAUACAAACGCAGUGAAAUGAAGGAAGACUGGCAGAGAGAGCUGGAAUUUGCCUUCGAAGACAUGUACAAUGCAGACAGGAAGGUGAAAGGAAACCUGAUUUUGCACAUUGAACCAGAGCCUUUGCCCACUGUGACUGAUCAGAUCCAAGAUGAAGAAUUGGACCUUUCAAUGGAACAAGAAAAUUUAGAUGAAACUGAAAACCCCCCAGUGACAGCUGCUGAAAUGAUAUGUUCUAAUGAAGCAGACGUUCCCUUGGCAAUGAAAACCCAGCAGCUCCCUUCAAAAAUUCUUUUUAAAAAGUUAUUAAAUAAGAUCCGAAACCAAAAAUCUCUCUGGACAAUUAAAUCUGUGUCUGAGGAUGAAAGUGAAAUGAUUACAACUUCUAGUGAAACUGAGAGUAAAGCACCAACAAUUGAAUCAGAAACAACUGCUGUCAAAGAGGGAACAUUAUCCUCUGGGCAGGAACAAGUUGUUGAAAGUGAUACGAUAACAGUUGACUCUGGACCACUUACAAGUGAAGAUCAACCAAUUUUAUAUGACGCAGACUCUAAAAAGGAACAAGAAAUAAAUGAACCUACCACAACUGUAGCUAAGAGUUCAGUACUACUCCAUCCCCAAGAAGAAGCAGCCAGAAUUAGAAUGGCAGCAAGACAGAAACAGAUAAUGGAAAUAGAGGAGCAGAAGCAAAAGCAAUUGGAAUUACUUGAACAAAUUGAGCAACAGAAGUUAAGACUAGAAGCUGAUUGCUUCAGGGCUCAGCUGGAAGAAGAAAAAAGAAAAAGAACUCCACAGACUAGGGUUGGCGCUAUUCCAGCAUCAUGCACCAUAAAUGCUGAUGAAGAAAGUCAUAGGCGGAUGAUUCGUAACUAUCAACGUCAGCUUUUACAGCAAAACAGGUUUCAUAGACAGUCCGUUGAAAUAGCCAGAAAGCAAUUACUCGAUUAUCAGACUAUGUUAAAAGGAAAGUACCCAUCCAUGACAGGUGCAUCAUUAAUAUCUGAUUCUGUUACAUCAGCCAUACCACAGAAAUCUGAAAGACCCACUGUUACAUCAGAACAUUGGGAUCAAGGUCAGAGACCCAAGUGGAGUCCUAAGAAAUAUCAACCUGUACAACCCAUACAGAUACCCAGAUUAGAACAGGGUUAUUUUCAGGUUCCAAGACAAAAUCACUUCCUGCAAAGACAGGUAGAAACAACGGAAACAGACAUUUUAGACAAGAAAUGUUUGGAGUCACAGGAGCAGCCAAAGCAAUCUCCACAGACUGAAACACAACAGAGAGAUGAUAAAUCAGCCCCUAAAGAUUCUCAUAUACUUUCAAGGGCUUUAUCACAUGAUAAGCCACUAAUACUGCAGCAUGCUAGUGAAGUAGCUGAAACUUUAAACUCCCAGCAAAUGCCCUCAGGGAACAAUGAAAGUACAUCUUCUAAACCAACUGAACCUUCUUCAUUCCUACCGCUGGUAGCUGAGCAUUCAUUUAGUUCUCUACAUGCUAAAAUUGAAUCUGGAAAAAUCGAAGAACCCUUUUCAAUGUUGGGUAAAAGUGCAGUUUCUGUAAGCCAUUCUGUAAUCAGCCAAAUGAAGGAUAAGUCUUUGCUAUCCUCAGAGAACAUCACAACCCAGCAAGAUAAUUUGAAGGCUCUCCAAGAGCAGUUGUACCUACAGAAGGAAGUCCUUCGGUCCAGACAGGAAGCUCAGGAACAAUUGCUUUUGGGCAAACAGAAAGAAUUGGAACGGCACACCGGCGUCUCUGUACUCCUUCCAGUGGUACCUCUGGGUUCCUCUGCUUCACUGUCUUCUGCCAAAGCUGAAUCAGGGAGAAUCCAGAAAUCUUCUCCUACCAAGAAUGAUACUGCAGUUUCCUCAGACCAUCCUGGGGUUCCACAACUUCAGAAUACGCUUUUGAGUUUUUCACAGCCUAUCUUAUCACAGCAAGAUAAUUUUAAAUUUCUUCAGGAACAGUUAAAUACUCAGAGGGACAGCCUUCAGGCCAGGCGGGAAGCCCAGGAAGUGUUAUGUGUACAUAAACAGGGUAAGCUGGAUAGAAGAGUGUGGUCUGAACAGACUGAUCCACCUUCUCUCCCAUCUCAGGUAGCUCGGCCUACAAUCACUUCAUUAGUUUCUGCUGGUACUCAGUCUGAAAUCCCCGAAUCUCAGGAUGGCUCUUUGAGUUUCCUACAGCAGUUCCUACCUUUGCAUGAUAGUUUGAAGUCGCUCCAAGAGCAGCUGACUGCACAGAGGGAUGCUCUUCAGGCUAGGCAUGAAGCCCAGGCGAAAUUACUUUUACACAGACAAAAGGAUUUGGGGGAUAGUAAGUUAGGACAGAUGAGUUCUUCAUUCCCACCAAUGGUUGCUCAACGUUCAGGUGCUUUGCAAGCUUCUGCUAAAAUGGAGCCUGGGAGAAUUCAGAACCUUUAUUUGUCUAAGAAGGAAAGUACAGUCCCCUCAAGUCACUCGGUAGCCUCAGUGUUUCGGGAUGAGUCUCUCAGUUUUCCACAGCAUAGCCUGCCACAGCAAGAAAGUUUGACAACGCUUGAAGAACAGUCACACAUACAGAAGAUAAGAAUUGGUGCUGAGCAAGAAACUCAGGGAUUUGUACACAAACAAAGUGAAUUAGAAAAAGGAAUUUCUUCUGAACAGACUGGUACCUCUUUAUCCCUGUCCCAGAUAGCUGAAUUUGAAACAUGCCAGGAAUUUAUGUCAAGUGACAGUGCAAGGCCCUUAAGCCAUUCUAUCUCCAGAUCUCAGGAAAGAUUUCUGAGAUUUUCACAAGAUAAUUUGGAGGGCCACCAAGAACGGCUAGACACAAAAGAGGUGCUUCAUUUUAGCCAGAAAACGCAAGGAAAUACAUCCUCUGAACAAACUGGUUCCUCCUCAUUCAUACCCCAGUUAGGACAGCUUUCAUUUACUUCAUUACCUUCCGAAUCUGGUACAACUCAGGAACCUCUUUCAACAGGAAGUGAUGGCAAAAUUCCUUUGAGCAAUAUUCAGAUCCCACAGUUGCAGGAUAGGCUUUUGAGGUUAUCACAACUUAUCCAGCCUCAACAAGAUAAUCUGAAGGCACUUCAAGAACAGUUAGCUACACAAAGGGAAGCCAUUGUUCAGUCUAGACGAGAAGCCCAGAAAGAAUUACAACAGAAUGAGUGGAGGGAAAGGAUAUCUCCAGAGCAGACUGGCACCUCUUCCUUCUUACCCCUAAGUGUACAACAUUCAUUUGUUUCAUUACCUCUUACUGAAUCUGAUAGAAUCCAAGAACCUUGCCCAACUAAGAGUGAUAAUAUAGCUUCCUCAAGGCAUUCUGAGAUACCAAGAUUGCCUGAUAGUCUUUUGGGUGUAUCACAGCCUGUUUUACCUCAACAAGUUAUGUUGCCCAGACAAAAUAAAUUUGAGGAAAAGAUAUCUUCUGAGCAUCUUAUUCAACCUCAUCAUCAUGAUUUGAUGGUACUUCAGCAGCAGUUAGAUAUACAAAGGAAAGCCAUUCGGUUUAGACAGGAAGCCCAAGAAGAAUUCCUUUUGCAAAGACUAAGUAAAUUGGAAAAAACAGUGUCAUCUGAGCAGCUUAGUGCCUCUUCAUCCUUACCCCAGGUAGCACUGCCUGUUGUGGACUCUGAAAGACUCCACAGUUCUUUUCCAGCCAGAAGUAACAAUAUUCCUUCAAGUCACCCUGAGAUCCCCAGAUCACAGGACAGGCUUCUGAGUUUAUCACAGCCUAUCCUGCCUCAGCAAGAUCAUUUGAUAGCACAAUUAGACUUGCAAAGGGAAGUGAUGAACUCCGAUGCAAAGGCCCAGGAAGACCUGCUUUUAAACAAAAAAAGUAAGUUGUCUGAAAGUGAAUCUUCUGAGCACACUGUUCCCUCUUUGUUUCUACCCAAGGAAAGAGAGCAUUCAUUUGUUCCACUACCUUUUGCUGAGGUUAAAUAUAAAGACAUUUGUGAAUUGGAUUUAUCCAAGAAUGAACAUGCAGUUUCUUCAAGCAAUUUUAUGGUACCAAAAUUUCAAGAUAGACUUUCACAGCCUGUCUUAGCUCAGCAAGAUAACUUGGGACUUCAGAAGCAGAUGGAUCUACAAAAAGAAGUUCUGCAUUAUAGACAAAAAGCUCAAGAAGAGCUGCUCUUACAGAGACAAAUAGCAUUGCAGCAGCAGAUACAGAAACAUGAAGAGACUUUGAAGGAUUUCUUUAAAGACAGUCAGACAAGUAAGCCCACUCUUGAAAAUGAUUUAAAACCCCAGAUGCUCAGAGAGUGGCUUCCUCAUCUUCAAGACCAAGCAAGAGAUGAUUAUGAAAACAUUAGUCCUGCAGAUAGCAGCAACUCUGCUGAUAAUCAGCGGCUUUCAGAAGGUGAGCAUCUGAUCAAAGAGCUGGGCAGGAGAGCCUCAAAGCCACCUGUGGCAAAAAUUAAAUGUGGAUUGGACUUGAACCAACAUGAACUUAGUGCUAUACAAGAGGUAGAAUCACCAGCAAGUGGCAGACCUUCUAUACUAGGUAGACCAGAUUUUUAUGAAGACAGGGACCCCCUGAGGGUCUCUAUAAGUCGAGAACAAAGUUUCCUUGGGACCCCACUGAACCGUGAUCCAUUUGCUCAUCCUCAGCCGACUGCCCAGGAGAACAUCUGCGGUGAUGACUAUAACGAAGCAGUUGAGGUCAAGGAGGCAGUGGCUGAGAAUCAUGCAGUAUUAAGUUUUGCUGUAGAGAAAGAACAUACAUAUGUGAGUCCAGCUGUGAAGCCAGAUAAUAAGGCUGAAACAGAAGAGAUUUAUCCAGAGCCAUUAUCUUCAAUAACUAUUUCUACUGGGAGCUUAAGUAAUGAAAACACAGAUUUGAGCUUUACAGAUCCAGAGUCAUUUCCAGAGCAUGUGGACCAUAGGGCACAAGAAUCUACCACUGGCAAAGAAGAAGAAACAAUUAUUUUAAGUUCUGCAUUUUCUCCAUCACAAGUUACUUAUCAAAGGCAGGACUCUUGGGAUGUUCAUAAACCUUUGUUGCCUACAACGGAAAAAUGUACAUCUGGUCAAGCACACAUUCAGCACAUGACAGACAAGGACAUAAAUGAAGCAAAUUUGAUGACUGAAAAAACAGACUUGCCGGUUGACCUUGACUUUCCAGAAUUGGAAUACAUUUUUCCAAACUUGCAUCGUCAGCUGUUUAAACCCUUAGAACCACAGCCAGAUUUUGAUUUAUCAUCAUUGUCCUCUGGGAUUUCUCAAGAGAGCAGAGACUUUUACCAGAGCUCAGACGCUUCAUGCGAAAGCCACGGUGCAACGGUAUCCUCCAAAAGCACAGUAUCUCUUACAGCACUGAGGUCCAGCCUGCAUUCUCCUCUUAACAUAAGCCUGAAUCAGCAACCUGACCCUAAGUUGCCGCACACUACAGCUGAGAAUUUGGGCACAGAAAAAGUUACUGAGGGAUCUGAACAAUCUUUUCAACAGCUUCUGCCAGAAUUUUCUUCACAAGAAGGGAGCCAGCAUGCUGAUCUACCAAGUAUUUUUAGCAUUGAAGCAAGAGAUUUUCCCCAGGGCAUGGAAAAUCAGAACUACCCCCCUGAACCAACUGAAAUAUUACAAAAUAAAGGAAAAAGUGUCCAUUUCCAGCUCUCUGUAGGAAAUUUGCAGAGUUCAGUCUUCAGUUCAUCUGCUGAGGCUAAUGAAUUUCAUCAGUUAAAUUUACAGCAUAGCACUCCAUGUGAUUCUACUUACAGUGAGUGCUCAGUGAAAGACCGGUUAGAAGGCAGAACAGAAAGAACGGGCUUCGAAGAAUUAUCAGAAAGAGGAUUUGAUAAAGUGUUACAAAGUCAAGGACUCACUGAAGAGGAUAAAAACGAAACCUGGGGAGUUUUAAAUGUAAAUCCACAUGUACAAGAAAUUGACUCACAAUUAUGUGUAAGAACAGUAGAGAUGGGAACUUCAGAUCAGAUACCAUAUUCAUUAACUGUUCAGAAUGAAAAAUAUUUUGAGAACUCAACUAAAGCAGAAACUCCACAGAUCAUACCAAAGCCAUCUCAGCCAUCACAGUCAGAGCUCUUUUUCGGUUCUGGAUCAUUUUCACUACAGACCUCUAUUCCAGUCUGGGAGACAGAGUCUGGCCAUGGUAUAAUGGAGGAACCAGAACUUACGUUAGUAAGCACCAGUGAUGUCAGUAUUGCUGAAAUGGAUUUUGCAAACCUAACCCUAGAAGAGAGAGAGAAUGAGGCAGAAAGUUUACAGGUUGGUGGAUUUCUGCCUCCUGAAUCAGAAACAGAAAAUUCAGAUUAUCCAGCUCCAUCAGAACAUUUUGUGGAGAAGCCAACUACAGCAACCUCAGAAACUCUUCCAAAGUUUACACCUGUACCAGGAAGCUUACAAGAAGCAUUUGUAAAACGAAAAAAAUCAUUUAUACAGAGAUCCUGCCAGAGACAGAAAGAAAUAAGGAAUAAAAGACAAGUCUCCAAAAAUUCUGAAAGCCAUGUAAUCAAGAGGAAAUCUGCAGGUUCAUCGGCAACUCACCUAAAGGGUGUGAGCAAAGUUAGAGUGUCACUUCCUGAAGACAGAAAGACUGCACAAGCCCUCAUGCAGCAAAGGGCUCUAAGAUUAUACAAUCAGUUAGCUGAAGUAAAACAGCAAAAGGAAGAAAAAGCAAAGCAAGAUGCUUAUGCCCAAAACAGAGCAAGGGCAAAAGAAUUUCAUAAGAAAACACUGGAGAAACUUCGAGCCAAAAAUACAUGCUGACUUUGUACAAAA